AUGAAUAAAGAAGUAAAGAGUCGUACACGAUUCUGGCAGAGUUUCUAUCCAAAUUUGGACGGUCUCCGAAUUUGUCUAAUUGCCGGCAAUGAUGAUUAUGCUUUUGCUAUACGAUUGCAACAAGAAUUUGAUAACGAAUAUAAUAAGUGUGGUGAUCACUCCGGUCUAAUUACAAUCAAGGCAAAAGUGACCAUUCAACAACAACAGACCACUCCUAAUCAACCUGACCCGUGGAGCUGGGACUGGAAAGUCUACCAUCAUCAACCCGAUGACAAUUACUUUUUAGACGGUACUCUUGAUGUACCAAAGAUUGUGAUUUCUUCAAAGUAUUACAAAGUUGCCGAAAGAAGUAUCGUCGAAAUCUUGAAGCAAGAUGACAAGAAUAUUCAAGAGAUUAUAGAUGCGGCAAUUUCUGCCGGCUCAUUAUCCGCUAUCGUGAUCAUCGCAAAUGGAAUUGAACCUAGUCGAUCAAGAAAACCCUUGAUUCGAUUGUCAAAUAACCUUCCCGAUCAAAUUUUUUAUAUGGACAACCAAGCUUUUUGUACCAAACCCGAAAUCUGGAAAGAUGACGAAGAUGAACGACAUACCGUUCAAUAUCAUUGGGAUAAGUCUGUUUAG